CCCCCAGAACAAACGGGACCAUUCUUCAGGAGUUCUAAGAAGAAAGGGAGUGCAAGGACAAAGCCUCCUGCCCAGUGUCCAGGGACUGAGCCUGCCAGUGUCUCUAUACACACACACAUAUACACACAUGGCCAUGUCACCACCAUCAGAGCCUUGCGGGACUCAUCAGGGACCCACUUCUGAGACUACCAGACCAUGGAGUCACUGAGCAUGCGUAGUCCCCUUCUUCCCUACUUAUAAGUGUGGAGGGAUCCUGCCACUGCACGCUCAUUCCUUUGCGCUUCGUCGGACAUUGAGCAGUCGAUAGCCAGAGAGCAGCUCCAAGCUGGAUCUACGCCCACCAGGCAGAACAGGCAGCCGCUGGACCAGGCUUCAGUGCUGAGGACGGAGUAGAGCUGGAACUCUGUGGACCAGUCCUGGAGCCGUCCAUGCCCUUAACUUCUCUGAGAGUCUUACCAUGGACUCUCCUUCAGGGCCCAGAGUCCCACCAGGCUUAACGCAGGAUCCCAGCUUUACAGCCAGCACUGUCCUGCACAGCCAUUGGAACAGCACUCAGAUUGUCUCCACAAGAGCCCAGCUUCCGUCUGUGAGUCCCACAGCAUCCGGACCUGAGGCUGCUGCUUGGGUCCCCUUCCCCACAGUCGAUGUCCCAGACCAUGCUCACUAUACCCUGGGUACGGUGAUCCUGCUGGUGGGGCUCACAGGGACGCUGGGCAAUCUCACAGUCAUCUACACCUUCUGCAGGAGCAGAGGCCUGCGGACACCGGCAAACAUGUUCAUUAUCAACCUCGCCGUCAGCGACUUCUUCAUGUCGUUCACGCAGGCCCCGGUCUUCUUCGCCAGCAGCCUCUAUAAGAAGUGGCUCUUUGGGGAGACAGGUUGCGAGUUCUAUGCCUUCUGUGGGGCUGUCUUUGGCAUCACGUCCAUGAUCACCCUGACAGCCAUAGCCCUGGACCGCUAUCUGGUGAUCACACGUCCACUGGCCACCAUCGGGAUGGGAUCCAAAAGACGGACGGCCCUUGUCUUGCUGGGUGUCUGGCUCUAUGCUCUGGCUUGGAGCCUGCCGCCCUUCUUCGGCUGGAGUGCCUAUGUGCCCGAGGGGCUGCUGACGUCCUGCUCCUGGGACUACAUGACCUUCACACCCCGGGUGCGUGCCUACACGAUGCUGCUCUUCUGCUUCGUGUUCUUCCUCCCCCUGCUCGUCAUCAUCUGCUGCUACAUCUCCAUCUUCAGGGCCAUCCGGGAAACAGGCCGGGCCUGUGAGGGCUGCGGCGAGUCCCCUCGACGGCGGCGGCAGUGGCGUCGACUGCAGAGUGAGUGGAAGAUGGCCAAGGUGGCACUGAUUGUCAUCCUCCUCUUUGUGCUCUCCUGGGCUCCCUACUCUACUGUGGCCCUGGUGGCCUUUGCUGGGUACUCACACAUCCUGACGCCCUACAUGAGCUCAGUGCCAGCUGUCAUCGCCAAGGCUUCUGCCAUCCACAACCCCAUUGUUUAUGCCAUCGCUCACCCCAAGUACAGGGCAGCCAUUGCCCAGCACCUGCCCUGCCUUGGCGUGCUUCUUGGAGUGCCAGGCCAGCGCAGCCACCCCUCCCUUAGCUACCGCUCUACCCAUCGCUCCACACUGAGCAGCCAGUCCUCUGACCUCAGCUGGAUCUCUGGACGGAAGCGGCAAGAGUCCCUGGGUUCUGAGAGUGAGGUGGGCUGGCCAGACACAGAAGCAGCGGCGGUGUGGGAGGCUGGCCAGCACACAAGUGGAAAAUCUUUCUGCAGUCAAGACCUGGAAGAUGGGGAAGCCAGGGCUCCUUCCAGCCUCCAGACCAAGAGACAGCUCCCCAGCCUGGACCUCGGGAUGUAGGAUGCCCACCGGCCCUCCCUUCCUUCUGCUACGUGCUGAGCCCCAUCACCUCCCCACCACAUGCACAGACCCUGGAUUAUCCCCCAAGCCGGGAAGCUUUGGUGGUGUCACUGUCUCCUGUGCUACACUGGACUCAGCUCUGGCCCCUUCCCACACCGUAAAAUUCCUGUUCCAAAGCGUGAUCCUGCCUCCUCGGUGCAGCUGGCACACCUGGGCUCUGCCCGAAGCAUGGACCCAGGCUUUCUCUCCUGCUUCACUUCCAGCAGCCUCCGCCUCUCCUUAGACACUGUAUGCUGUGAUUGUCCAGGCGAUGACAGUAGCAAUGGCACCAGGGAACACGACGUUUAUUUAUGAGCUGAGCAUCUUGGCUAGCCUUUGUGACCAGGCCGACAUCUCACCGGUUCAGAAAGUUCAGCCUGGCGUCCCCUGCUGCCAGUAGUCAAAAGCUGAACAUUUACUUUCUUGGCACACCUGAAACACUUCACCCCUAGCUCUCCCAUAGCAUGUCACACUGUGGUCCACACUCACACAUACAGGGGCACUGGCAGGCACAUCGGUACCUAUCUGUAUGUACACACGGAAUACAGGUAUGCACACCCUGCCCUUCCUGAUCAUUUUAUGUCGGUGAUCUAAGUUCCUUCCAGAUGUGGAUCUGACAGAGCACAGG